AUGCGACGUCGGGCUGGAAAGGGGCAGGGAACCGAGGAUUCAAAUGCUGAAUCAGUUCCAUUGCAGAUUGCUGGGAUUUCAAGUGAAGCUGGGGAUGCUAGAGAUGCGUCGAAUGAGCUGGAACCUGAUGCGGGGCCACUGCAAUUGGUUGGUGGUGCAGAGGGAACUACAGAGGAGCGCGUAGCAGACCCUGGAUCAUCUGAGAACCCUGCUAAUGCUGCUACUGGGAGCGUGAACCUGCCUGUGAAUCCGUUUUGGUCACAGAGGAUGCAAGAUGAAGCAAGAUUAGCUGCAGCCAGACCUGUACACUUGGAUGAGACUGCUAGUGAUUCUACAGAGAUGAGGCAGCUGGAAGAUUCUUCUUUUCCAGUUCCGAAGAGUGGCCCGGUUAGCUUUGGACCUCCUUGUGGGGAUACUGGGGAUAACUUGGGUGUCGCAGCUGCUUCAUCUUCAGUUGGGAAUGAUCAGCCUCCAGGGUUGCGACCUGGGGAACGAGUUAUCUUGACUGAAAUGAAGGGUCUGAUGGAAACAAUCAUGAAGCAGAAUGCCGAACUUAGUGUACAAAAUGCUGGUCUAAGACAGCGUAUCGACAAGCUCGAGGAGGAGAAGGCUAGCAGUCAGCAGGCGUGGACCAUGACGGCAGCUGAGACUUUGAGAGACAGAGACUGGUUUGAGAAUGGAUUGCAGUGGGGAAACGGGGGACAAACCAAUGGGGGUCACAACAAUGAGAGGGAUCCUUGGGAGGGACAGGAUGUGUUUAACAUACCGUUUCCACCUGGGAGGGAUCCUUUCAAUCCUGGUGAUCGCACGUUUUGGAACCUCCCUGCGCUUGAAGGGGUGCACAUGCCAGCUCCGGCUACUCGUGCUGGGGAUUGGUUGGCUCAGAUCCGGCCACUGCUCUAUGACUUGAGCGAGUGGUCGCAGCUUUGGUGGAACAGGGUUGAGUGGGAAGCACAAACAUUAUACCGUCAAUGGUCAAGGGCCCCGUCGAUUGAGAAGGGUUUGAUUCAGCCCAGGAUGAGCAUCGAAUUGACUCAUGUGAGACUUCGUAGAUUGGAGAGCAGGGCAUACGGCAUGCUUCAGUCGUCUGUUCCACAGGCGAUUCGGGAUGAAUUGUUGGCCACGCGGUCUUUGCACUGCGUUGGGCUUCUGUUUCAGAUCCUGAAGGUAUUUGCUCCGGGUGGAAUGCAAGAGCGAGCGCAAGUGCUUACAGAGUUGACUAACCUGGGAAGCGCUAAAUCUGCAGCGGACAUCGUGAGUGCUUUGAGAGCUUGGAGCAGAUGCCAUGCUAGGGCUGUUAGCAUGGGAGUGAUGAUUCCUGAUCCUGCUUUGAUCCUUCGUGGAGUUGAUGCCCUGGUGGAUCCACUGUCGCGCAAGGCGUCGAAUGCUCAGGUGGCUUUCAGGUUGUCUACGGCUAGGAAUCAAUUGGAAAUUGAUCAUCGGCCCAACAUGACUUCGGUGAUUGAGUACAUGCGUGUAUUGCAGUCUGAGUGGGAGCAGGUUGCUCGUGUGGACACCACUCAGGGUAACGGGGGUAAGGAUGGGGACAAGGGAGGCAAAGGGCCCAAGGGAGGAAAUCAAAAGGGUGAAAAGGAUGGGCAAACUGUCAACAACAGUAACACUGAGGGCACACCUGCUAAG